AUGCGAUCGCCGAUCCGACAGACGAUAUCCGGCGCUCGCAGCUACGCGCGGACUUCCGAAUCCCUACGAGCGAAUCCUCUCCGUACAACGACCAUUCGACCAGUAUUGCAGACGAAGAUUCUCGAGAGCGAGAUUGUACAUAAACGAGCCAUCUCGCAAAAGGUUAUCAAGCGGCAGAAAGAGGCCGAGGAGGAAUGGGCGAGAUUUGCGGAGGAGACCCGAGCGGGAGAGAGGCAGAACUUUGUGCAGUUUCUGGAGGAGAGAGGAUUGGUACACGAUGUUGUUGGUGAACGAGAUCUGUUGCAUAAGGUGUUCACCGAGAAGAGAACUGGUAUCUACGUGGGCGUUGACCCGACGGCUCCUUCGAUGCAUGUUGGACAUAUGUUGCCUUUUAUGGUCUUGGCUUGGGGUUACGUCUGGGGCUUGCCGGUGACGUUCUUGCUGGGAGGUGCCACGUCGCGAGUCGGUGAUCCUACCGGAAGAUUGCAGGGACGGGAGCAAGUCCAUUCCUCGAUCCGCAAAGCCAACAUGGCAAGCAUGCACAUGCAGUUGAAGCGACUCGGCGCGAGCAUCGAAGCGUACGGUCGCAGACACGGACACGAGAAGACGAUGAACUGGAGGCGGGCUUUGACAAAUAACAACACCUGGUGGAACGGCACGCCCUUCCUGGAGGUGCUGCGCGAUCUUGGCGCGUAUAUGCGAGUGGGCCCUAUGCUGGGGAGAGAAACCGUCAAGAAUCGCCUUGCUAAAGGUGACGGGAUGUCCUUCGCCGAGUUCUCUUAUCCUUUGAUGCAAGCUUGGGACUGGUGGGUGCUCUUCAAAAAAGGCUGCCAGGUUCAGGUAGGAGGCUCGGAUCAGUACGGAAAUAUCCUCUUUGGAAUGGACGCUGUUAAGGCCAUCAGCAAAAACACUGCCAUGGAACUAGAGCGUAAUCCUCUGGAUGACGAUCUCGACAAGCCAAUUGGCUUUACUACGCCGUUGCUAACGGCUCCGAACGGUGAAAAAUUCGGCAAGUCUGCCGGAAACGCUAUUUGGCUUGACAAAGAUAUGACUUCGACAUUCGAGCUGUAUCAGUUCUUUGUCCGCACUCCCGAUGACGUAGUUGAGCGCUACUUGAAGAUGUUCACCUUCAUUCCCAUCCCUGAAAUCACGAAGAUCAUGGAAGAGCAGGUCAAAGACCCGUCCAAACGGGUCGCACAGCAUGCUUUGGCGUCUGAGUUCGUUGAACUCAUCCAUGGCAAGCAGGAGGCGGACGCCGUCGCUACGCAACACCGCCAGUUGUUCAGGUCGCGAUCCUCGACGGCGGAGCCGACUCCUAUGCCCAAGACAACUCGCGCCCCUGCCAAAAAUUCAAACUUGCCAACAGCAUCCUUCGACAACCCGCAAGCGGGCAACGCCCACGCACCGCAAGUCAACUUCACGAACAUGCCGAGCAUCCAAGUAACUCUGCCCGAGUCUUUGGUGUAUAACCAGCCGUUGCAUAAGGUCCUCUGGUCCGCCGGAUUGGUCGCAUCGAAGAGCGAGGGGCAUCGUAUUGCCGGAAACAAGGGUGCUUAUGUCGGAAGCCGUGGCGGGGAUAGCGGCAUGAUGUCGGAUGACCUCUCCUUCACGCCCAUCACAUCAUGGCCUGGGUCGAAGACCAAAGAAUUCAUUGUGGAUGGCAAACUGUUGUUCCUGAAGUUGGGCAAGUGGAAGUUCAAGACCGUGACGAUUGUCAGUGACGAGGAGUACAAGCAGCUCGGCCUCAGCGCGCCCGGAUGGGAGCCGGAGGUGUCGGAAUCCGAGUCUUCUGAUUCCGAUCCAACGAAGCAAUAA